AUGGGGAAGGCGGGGAGGUGGCUGCGAGGCCUGCUGCGGGGUAAGAAACCGGCGGCCGGGGGGGAGAACCAGAGGCAGGUGAAGGAGAAGCGGGGCUGGAGCUUCGCGCGGUCCUUCCGAGACGUGGAGCGGCAGAGCGAAGGGGACGAGGCGGCGGCGGCGGUGGUGGUUGAUGAGGUCAGUAAGGGGGCUUCCUACUGGGAAGGAAGCCCGAGGCCUCACGCCGCCGCCUCCGCGCCGCCUUCCCGUGCAGCCGCCGGCAGCCCCAUCUACCGUGCCGCAUCGCCGGUGGCGGGGGAGGACCACCAGAACAAGCGGGCGAUCGCAAUGGCUGCUGCCACAGUGGCGGUGGCAGAGGCUGCCGUCGCCGCAGCGCAGGCAGCGGCGGCGGUGGUCAGGCUGACGGGCGGCGGGCGGUGCCCUGGUAUAUGUGUCGCCGGAGGCAAGGGCGCGCUGUGGGCAGCGGUUAAGAUCCAGGCCGCCUUCCGAGGAUACCUGGUCAGCAUUCUCCCAACCCACUCUCCCUCUCCUUCUCUUGCUUCUUCCUGUAAUUUUCUCCUGAAACCCCCCUUCCAUUCCUUCCCAGCUUCUUCUUCUUCUUCCUCUCUUUCGCUUGAUCAGAGGACAGUUAUGGCGGGAAAAUUACAGUCGCAGUGCCACUGCCUUAUGCUGUUCAUCCUCCCUAGCAAUGGCUAUCUUCCCCAUCUAUCUCCAUUUCCCUCUGCCCCCACUCCGCCGGCAACCCUCGUCCUCAACCUCAUCAACAUCCAGCGAGCACAACAGGGGAAUAACCAAUCAACCUCCAGCUCCUCUGAGCUGUGACAUUCCAUCCCCGUCUUCCCCCUCUCCGCCGGCAACCCUCGCAUCCGACUCACCAGCAUUCAACGAGCAACAGGGGAAUAAUUGAGCUCCAUGCCCUCCAAGCUGUGGCAUCGGUCGUACGCAGGUGCUUCCCCCGCGUCGACCCAUCUCUCGCUUUCCCUCCCCAGUACCUCCUUAGGGUUGCAGGUGGGUUGAGGGCACAGUACUUUCUUAGGUUGCCAGUCUGGGAAGCACCCUCAGCGAGGACGCGUCGUUUUCCUUCUUUGGCGCAUUGAGGGGUACCCUACGACCGGCUUCAGCUACUCUGCCCCACUUGAAUGGCGCGUCCCCGCGGGCGACAGAGGUCGUCGUGGUCCUCAAUUCCGUCUUCCUGUUCCUACCCCAGCCAUUAGAUUCCCUCUGGUUUUUACAUGCGAGAGCAGAAGCCGGGGAGUAGCCUGGUUCUUCAGCAUGGAGGCCUCUUCUUUCUCUUCGUCUUGGAUGGUGGAGAAAAGUUUAAAAAAUUUACACAGGCGACGUUCUGGAUUAGGUUUCCCUAAUCUACCAACAUCCAUCAAGAGGUUUUAGAUCAUGGCUCUUCAAUGGAGCUCAUCUCUUGUUGUUGGUUCUAGGCGAGGAGAGCUCUGCGCGCGUUGAGGAGCCUCGUGAAGCUGCAGGCGUUGGUCAGAGGUCACAUUGUCCGGAAGCAGGCGGCGGAGACGCUGAGAUGCAUGCAGGCGCUGCUUAGAGCCCAGGUCCGGGCGCGCUCAUGCCGCGGGGCUUCAUCUGAGAAUCGCCUUCCCGGCCAUGAAUCCCGGCAGAUCCGUCUGGUAGCCAUCCCUCCUCUGUUCGUUCUUCCACCUUCCCCGAUCUGCUCGGGCAUUUUCCCCUGAAGAUCUGUUCUUUCAGGACCCUCCGACGCCUCAGAAAUGCGAACCUUCUUCAACUCGCUCCAGCCCCCUGAAGCUCGAUAAAGUCAGCCAUGUCAAGGUACCUCUCUCUCUCUCUCUCUCUCUCUCUCUCUCUACGGUGUUUGUUCUUGAUGGGGAUUUGGGUUUGCAGAAGGCUGUGGAAGCCGACAGGGGGCAGUGCUGGAACUGGCUGGAUCGGUGGAUGGAGGAGCGAUACUGGGAGAGCAGAGAAGUAUCAUCUUCAAGAGCAGACGGAGCGACCGACGAGGACGAGACGAGCGACAAGAUCCUGGAGGUGGACACCGGGAGGUCUCACCUGAACUCCAGGCGGAGGGCGGGCCACAACCACAAUGGCCGGAGCUUCGCCGCCGUGCAGUACUCGACGCCAUCGAGGGACUCCACCGCCGCCGCGGCCCUUUUCACCGCCCCGAGCCCAUCCUCUGGCGAAGGCAGGGAGGCCUACGAGAGCCCCCAGCUCUACUCGGUGUCUUCCCGGCGGGGUCCUCUCACCCCCGCCAAGAGCGACUGCUCCAGGAGCUUCUUCAGCGGGCUCUCGGAGUACCCAAGCUACAUGGCCUACACGGAGUCCUCGAAGGCGAAGUUCCGCUCGCAGAGCGCGCCGAGGCAGCGGCCGGAGAGCGAGAAGCCCGCCGCCUUCCAGCGGGUUCCGGUCGUCGGAACCCGCUGCGGGCACUCGUCCUCGUCCUCCUCCCAGAGGCCGUCGCCCUCAUUCCACGUCAAGCUCGCUGGCAGAGGUUACCCCGGCUCCGGCCGUCUGGAUAGUUUGGGAAUGCCCAUCAGAUACUAG